AAUUUGACUCAUUGACAAACUUGAGGUAAAUAAUUUGUAUGAUUUUAUAUAUAUGCAAAGAAUUCAAUCAAAGUAAUAUUUUAAUCCUGCAAUGAUAUAAUUUGAUUAAGUGUAUCAAAAAAUAUUAGCAACAAUGUCUCUGGAUAAUAUGUUUUGUACCCGAUGUGGGGAUGGUUUUGAGCCGAAUGAAAAAAUUGUCAACUCGAACGGAGAACUUUGGCAUACCAACUGCUUUGUGUGUGCACAAUGCUUCCGUGUGUUUCCCGAAGGCAUAUUCUACGAGUUUGAAGGACGUAAGUACUGUGAACGAGACUUCCAAGUGCUGUUUGCUCCUUGCUGCGGAAAAUGUGGGGAAUUCGUAAUUGGCCGUGUGAUUAAAGCAAUGAAUGCCAACUGGCACCCUGCAUGCUUCCGUUGUGAGGAAUGUAAUGUAGAGCUGGCUGAUGCAGGUUUUAUUAAAAAUGGUGGGCGUGCUCUCUGCCAUACUUGCAAUGCUCGCAUCAAGGCUGAUGGGUUGUUGAAUUACAUGUGCCAUAAGUGCCAUGGCGUGAUCGACGGCGAACCUCUGCGUUACCGUGGCGAGGUGUAUCAUGGCUACCACUUCACAUGUGCCACAUGUGGAGUAGAACUGGAUCAUACAGCUAGAGAAGUCAAACAUCGACCUGGAUAUGCUGCCAAUGAUGUGAACAAUCUCUUCUGCCUCCGUUGCCAUGACAAGAUGGGUAUCCCCAUUUGCGGAGCUUGCCGACGUCCUAUCGAGGAGAGAAUUGUCACUGCUCUUGGAAAGCAUUGGCAUGUUGAGGUAUGUAACAUUAAAGCAAUCUGA